AUGGUUCUCUCAGACCUCGGGCGACGCAUCAAUGCCGCCGUCACAAAUCUCAACCGCGAAGCCAACCUCGACGAGAAGGCGUUCGAUGCCAUGAUCAAGGAGAUCUGUGCUGCCCUUCUGUCAGCCGACGUCAAUGUCAAACUAGUCAAGAGCCUCCGCAGGUCAAUACAAAGUGCCGUCAAUUUCAAAGAUAUCCCUCCGAACACGACCGCGAACCAGAAGAAGCGGCUCAUUCAACAAGCGGUCUUUGAACAUCUUGUACAUCUUGUCGACCCGCACGUCGAACCAUACAAGCUGAAGAAAGGAAGGCCAAAUGUCAUUAUGAUGGUCGGCCUGCAAGGUGCUGGCAAGACAACGACGUGCACGAAGCUGGCGAGAUACUACAGUGCUCGAGGCUACAAGGCAUGUCUGGUUUGUGCCGACACUUUCAGGGCGGGCGCAUACGACCAGCUGAAACAGAAUGCCACAAAAGCAAAGAUACCGUACUAUGGCUCCUUGACACAGACAGAUCCUGCUGUCGUAGCAGCGGAGGGCGUGUCGAGAUUCAAGAAGGAGAAAUUCGAGGUCAUCAUCGUGGACACUUCCGGAAGACACAGGCAAGAAGAAGCCCUGUUCGAGGAAAUGGUCCUCGUCCAAGAUGCCAUCAAACCAGAUCAGACCAUCAUGGUUCUUGACGGCACCAUCGGUCAAGCAGCCGAAUCACAAUCAGCAGCUUUCAAAAAGACCGCGAAUUUCGGUGCUCUCAUUAUCACCAAAACCGACGGUGGUGCUGCAGGAGGUGGUGCUAUCGCCGCUGCUGCCGCCACGCAUACUUCCAUUAUCUUCCUCGGCACUGGUGAGCAUUUGUCCGAUUUGGAAAGGUUCGACGCCAGGUCUUUUAUUUCCAAACUUCUGGGUUAUGGAGACAUGAGCGGUCUGAUCGACCACAUCCAAACCAUCAGCAGAGAAUCGGCGGGCAUCAAGGAGACGCAGAAACACUUGGCCGAAGGCAUCUUCACCAUCCGAGACAUGAAAGAGCAAAUCACGAGCAUCAUGAAGAUGGGGCCUCUAUCCAAGAUCGGCAGCAUGAUUCCUGGAAUGAGUGGUCUCAUGCAAGGCAUGUCCGACGAGGAUGGCUCCGAAAAACUCAAACGAAUGGUCUACAUCUUUGACAGCAUGACCGCCAAGGAACUUGAUUCAGACGGCAAGAUUCUACUAUCUCAGCCGUCACGAAUGGUUCGAAUCGCCUGCGGCUCUGGAACCAGCGUGAGGGAGAUUGAGGAACUGCUUACGCAGCAUAAAGUGAUGUCCAGUGUGGCCAAAAACAUGGGCCAGCAGAAGAAGAAUAUGGCCAAAGCGAAUAGUAUGUUGCAAGGUGGUAACAAGCAGCAACAGUUCGCAGCGAUGCAGAAGCGCAUGCAGAGCAUGGGUCAAGGAAGGGGUUUGCCCGGUGGUGAUAUGGGGAAGAUGAUGGAAAUGAUGCAGUCAAUGGGAUUGGGCGCGCCCGGACAAGGAGGGAUGGAAGCUCUUAUGAACAGCAUGGGAGGAAUGUUCGGAGGUGGUGCCGGUCGGGGCAGGGGAAGAUGA